ACAAAAUAGAAUUAAACUUGGCAACACACAACAUUAAUGGGCUUAAAAGCAAUAAUCAAAAAGUGGAGGCACUCUAUGCAUGGACAUUAGACAACAAUAUUGAUAUAUUAGGGUUAGCAGAGACGAACAUUACAGCAAAAGAAGGAAACUUUUUAACGAAAAGUUGGAAUGAGUAUAAAAAUUUUUGGGCAAGUGCAGACCCAAAUAAGAAAAAAGGUUCAGGUGUAGGUUUGCUAAUCGGCAAACAGUGGGAAAAACACUUAGGUCAAAUAGAUAGAAUAAGUGAAUAUAUGAUUACAGCCAAUUUUAUGUUCAAGCAGGCAGAAAUCUUAGUAGUCAUGGUAUAUAUUCCACCAAACAACAAAAUAGAAAGAUCGAUUAUUCAAAAAGCAUUAGUAGAAAAAUAUAUAAAACGAUCAUCAAGAACGCAGAUGAUUAUUAUGGGAGACCUGAACUGCAUAGUAGAUGCAAACCUGGACAGAUUACAAAAGUCUAAACAAAAAUCUAAAAAGCAAGACCCAUUAAUCAGGUGGCUAUCAAGACAAGAGUUUCAAGAUGCUUAUAGAGUAAUCAACCCAAAUGAGAGAAAGUUCUCAUGGUCGGGCAGAGAACAAGAAACAAGAAUUGACUAUAUAUGGGUGGCAGAAGAUCUUGCUAGCAGUCUAUUAGAUGCAGAAAUUCAAGAGAUGGAUAUCUGGACAAAUAGUGACCAUGGAGCAAUGGUAGCAAGAAUAAACCUAGACCAUCUUCCUAACUGU